AUGUUGUCCACCACCGACAGCCCAGGUAUGAAGUUGGCAGUGCCGUCCAGCAGCGACACCCGCAGGGGCGCGGGCAAGGCGACGCUGCCGCUCGUGGGCGCGAGGCCGUGGCUGAGGACCCGCAGCAGCGUGAGCUUGCCGCUGUUGCGCGGCCCGCAGAUCGCGUACGCGCGCCCCAGGGGCACCUGUGAGCAUCCAGCUGCUGAGGACCAUUGGCAGCCUGGGGUGGUACUGGAAGCUCACCCGGUCCAGAGCGAUGACUGGCUCGGAGUCGCCCGCCCUGGGAGAGUACUGCCGGGUGUGCCCGCCGGGGCUCUGCACGGCCGCGGGGCACGGAGCGCGGCGGAGGCCCUCCCUGCGGCGAGGCGCCGACUUCAGGUUCAGAUCGGCGCCCUCGUGCUGGGGGGCCCGGCACACAGCGCAGGAGGCCCCGUAGAGCUCGAGCUCGUCCUCGGACAGCCAGAGGAGGUCGCGCAGCGUGCGCAGCACUGCCCCCGAGCGGUUGAACGAGAGCAGCCCGAGGUAGAUCUGCGUCGUCGCGUCCCCGUGCUUGUUCACUAUGGCGACGAGUGCGACGUAGCUGCCGACCGAGAAGGCCCCCUGGCCGCUGUGCGCGCGGUCGGCUGCGGCUAG